AUGGGUACCGUUCUGUCGUUAUCGCCGCCAUCUCGGCGACCUCUAGGCCAAAAUGUCAACAUCAACAACUAUAGUUACGAAGUACUCAACAACCAUAAGAAUGCGGCAAGUAUUAACAACAAUACUGGAAGCAGUAAAGAUAAAAGCUUCAAAAAGCACUCAAUAUUUCUCAGCGCUUUGAGCUGGAAAAAAUUCACCGUUAAUCCAAAGAAGAAAGAGAAGAAUCAGAUCAAACUAUCCAACUCUUCUUUCCUGAACGGCUCCAAGUUUGACAGCAACUGCAACAUUGAAAAUUUUAAUCUGAACAACAACUUUCAAAAAUCGGUGUCAUGCUACAAUCUAAAGGCCGCUACUGAAGUAUUUACAGAACCGGUGAAGCCAACGUCAUUCAAAAAGGUAGAAAAACCACCAAGUCCCAAGAGAACAGUGAUUCAAGCAUCUACAUCCGAGCUGCUGAAAUGCCUCGGAGAGUUCCUGAAGCGAAAAUGCAAGCGCCUUAAGAGGUUCGAAGCCUCAGACGCAAUUCUGUGGCUGAGGAGCGUAGACAGGUCUCUGCUUCUGCAAGGAUGGCAAGACAUCGCGUUCAUCAACCCUGCCAACGUCGUGUUCAUAUUUCUACUGGUGAAAGACCUGCCGUCCAAUGACAUUGCUCAUGAGCUAGACCUGCAGGCGUACGUGCUCACCUGCUUGUACCUCUCCUACUCCUACAUGGGCAAUGAGAUUAGCUACCCACUGAAGCCGUUUCUAGUUGAGGAGAACAAGGACCGUUUCUGGGACCGGUGUCUGAUUGUGGUCAACAAACAUAGCUCCAGUAUGCUCAGACUCAAUCGCGACCCUGGUUUUUUCACCGAUGUAUUUGGUGAGCUGAAAACCUACUCGCCCUGUAUAUAA